AUGUUGAACAGGAUCAUAUCCGAGACUGAAACACCUGUACCUUCGAGCGCCUCCCUCGAAGAAGAAUGGACAACCGCCACCGCCCUCGCUGAUAAACACUCUCGAACCCUACUCAGCAUCGACUGCGCAGAACAUCCAACCCACUGCGAAAUCCAACCCUCCAUGACCUUCCCCUCCAUCUUCCUACUCCAAGCAAACAAACCCCCAGUUAAAUACCUCGGUCCCUUGCUAUCCAAAUCCUUGAAUAACUUUCUGUCUCGGUCCACCCGUCUCCAGCCAACGCCCCUCACGCAGGUAGACGACCUUGCCAAGUUUAAAACCUCGGAUGAAACAGUCUUUAUUCUCUUUCUUCCCCGGCCGCAGGAGUUUGUUACCAGUGUAUACGAAGACCUCGCCCAAAAGUACAAGAACGAGUUCACCUUUGGAACUGUGGUGGGGGUUGAUGAACUUCUCAAGAAGGAAAGGGUAGAUUUGGAGUUGAAAGGGGUGCUGGUGGUGUAUAAACCCCUCGACGGCGAGACAGAAAAGCUUGACCUUACAACAGUCAACUCUGGUGUUGAUGAGGUUGAAAAAUUUAUCAAAGAAUCCUCCCGCCUCUCAAUAACAGAUCUCUCCCCCUGGAACCACCCCCGCCUUCUCGAGCUCCAAAAACCACUGGUCUACCUCUUCGCCCCGACCCCCUCCGCCCGUGACAACCUCCGCAGCCAGUACCUCCGUUUUGCAAAGGAUUACUACCAGCAAUUCGUCUCCAUUCUUGUUGAUCCUCACCUUUUUCCUGAUCUCAUGCCCCAGUUGGGGUUGCUUGACACGACAAGGUUCCCGGCGGGGGCUGUGCGUCUCGUGGCUGAAGAUAAAAUAUAUCCUUACCCUCAAACGGAAGAGAUGACGUUGGGGAGGGUGCAGGGGUGGGGGAUGAGGAUUUGGCAGGGAGGGGUUGAGGCUUGGGUUCCCGGUGGUGGUGAGAAGAAAGGAGGGGAUAGUGGGAUUAGGAUUCAGGGAAAGGUAGGGACGAAGAGGAAGGUUACUGUUGGUGGUGGGGGAUGGGGGAAGGGGAAGGGCAAGAUUCCGACGAUACCAGGGGUGAGGAUUAAUAUUCCUGGGGUGAGGAGGGAUGAGCUUUAG